AUGAAACAUGGCGGAGAUAGAUUAACAUACUGGGAAGGCGAAUUGCGCUCUAUAGAUGGUGACAAUAGGAAGUACAAUGACCCAAAUUUUUUUAAACCUGGAAGGAAAAGAAAAUUGAGACCCAUCGACGAAUUUUAUAUGGUUUGUCUAAGGCUAAGACUAGGCAUGCUGCAGGAACAUUUGGCUGAUAUGUUUUUUGUGUCAGUCAUGACUGUUUCAAGAAUUCUAAAUACUUGGUUAAAUUUCAUGUAUGACCAUUACAAGGGGAUGAUACCUUGGCCAACAAGGGAGCAAAUUUUAGCAAAUUUACCAAAGGCAUUUGUUGAAAUGCAAACUGUGAGAAUUGUUAUUGAUGCCACAGAAUUUUUUUGUGAAAAACCAGGAAAUUUGACAGCACAAUAUUUAACUUGGAGUGAGUACAAACAUCACAACACAUUUAAAGUAUUAAUAGGUGUUGCACCAAAUGGUUUAGUUACAUUUGUGUCAAGAGUCUGGGGUGGUCAUACAUCUGAUCGUCAUAUUGUGCAGAAAGAUGGAGACUUACUACUACCACAUCUUCAAAGUGACGACAUUAUUUUAGCCGAAAAAGGCUUCACAAUUGCCGACUUGCUACCAUGUGAUAUUGGACUAAACAUGCCACCAUUUGUGUCCUCAUCAAAGCAGAUGACAGCAGAUGAAUUCUUCAAAACUCAACAGAUUGCUCAGCCAAGAAUUGUUGUUGAGAUGAAGAUGGAGCAAAUAAAAAACUUUUAA